AGUGAUUGUUCUCCCCCUUUUCUGUCAAUUGAGUUUAAUCUCUACCACUGUUUUUGCGAUCUCCGACCACCAUGUAUCGGGCCGCUGCAGCUUUCACUUCCUCGAUCAGGUCUUCUACAUCAAGAAAACUGGUAUCUGGUAGAAUUAUUGGUAGUAGAAACUAUGUUGCGAAGGAUAUCCAGUUUGGGACCAGGGCUCGGGCUGCCAUGUUGCUUGGUGUGAACCAGCUUGCUGAAGCUGUAAAGGUUACCAUGGGACCGAAGGGACGUAAUGUGAUUAUUGACCAAAGUCGUGGGCCCCCUAAAGUCACAAAGGAUGGUGUCACGGUGGCCAAAAGUAUAAACUUUGAGGAGAAGGCUAAAAACGUUGGUGCUAAUUUGGUGAAGCAGGUUGCAAGUGCAACUAAUUCUGUGGCUGGAGAUGGUACAACUUGUGCCACCGUUCUGACUCAAGCAAUAUUCACCGAAGGUUGCAAGUCUGUAGCUGCAGGUGUAAAUGUGAUGGAUUUGCGCAAGGGUAUCAGUAUGGCUGUUGAUGCCAUUAUAGACGACCUGAAAAGACAAGCACUAAUGAUUAGUACACCAGAAGAAAUUACGCAGGUAGCCACUAUCUCUGCAAAUGGAGAGCGCGAGAUUGGUGAAUUGAUAGCAAGAGCUAUGGAGAAAGUCGGAAAAGAUGGAGUAAUUACAGUGGCUGAUGGUAACACCUUGGAUAACGAACUAGAAGUUGUAGAGGGGAUGAAGCUAGGCCGGGGUUAUAUCUCUCCUUAUUUUAUUACCGACACAAAGACUCAAAAAUGUGAUUUGGAGCAUCCGUUAAUCUUUAUUCAUGACAAGAAAAUUUCAGACAUGAACUCACUUGUGAGAAUCUUGGAGCUUGCUGUAGAGAAACAUAGACCUCUGCUAAUUGUGGCUGAAGAUGUGGAAAGUGAUCCGUUGGCAAUGCUGAUCAUUAACAAGCAUCAAGCUGGAGUUAAGGUGUGUGCCAUUAAAGCUCCUGGCUUUGGGGAUAACAGGAGAGCCAAUCUUGAAGAUUUAGCGGUGCUUACUGGAGGGGAGGUUGUCAGCGAGGAACGUGGAUUGAGCCUUAAUGAUGUUCAACUGGACAAACUUGGUACAGCGAAAAAGGUUAUUGUUUCUCUCGAUGAUACCAUCAUUCUACAUGGUGGUGGCGAUAAGAGGCAAAUUGAAGAAAGAUGUGAGCAACUAAGGUCAACCAUUGAGAACAGCACGGCCGUGUUUGACAAAGAGAAAGCACAAGAGAGGUUGUCAAAGUUAUCAGGAGGGGUCGCAGUUUUCAAGGUCGGAGGGGCUAGCGAGGUGGAAGUUGGAGAAAGAAAAGAUAGGGUUACCGAUGCUCUUAAUGCUACAAGGGCAGCUGUGGAAGAGGGAAUAGUUCCAGGUGGUGGGGUCGCCCUUCUAUAUGCUACCAAGGUUCUUAAAGGCCUUAAAACUGCAAACGAGGACCAGAAGAGAGGAGUUGAAAUAGUCGAAAAUGCCCUUAAGGCACCGAUAUCCACAAUAGUCUCAAAUGCCGGUGGUGAUGGUGCCAUGGUUCUUGGCAAGUUAUUGGAACAGAAUGAUCUUCAUUUUGGAUUUGAUGCCGCCCAAGGCAAAUAUGUAGACAUGGUGAAGGCCGGAAUCAUUGAUCCUUUAAAAGUUGUGAGAACAGCCUUAGUAGAUGCUGCCAGUGUGUCGUUGUUGUUAACCACCACGGAGACGACCAUUGUAGAUCGUCAAGGAGAGAAGAACCCACUCGCAAACCGGAUGCCGAACAUGGAUGAUAUGGGAAUGGGAUUCUAAUUCUAAACAUGUAGAGAGGAAAAUUAUGCUUGCAAUGCAUUAAUGAUUAAAUGUACCAAAUUUUGAUGUUUCUAUUUAAUUUUCAUCAUUUUUCUCUUGAAGAAUUUGGGUUUAUUGACAACUUUGAUAUUCACGUCAGCAAA